GUCAACACGGUCUCGAGAAUGAAUUAACGAUUAUCCUUAAAUGUUAUUUGACCACUGAAUUAAUGAUAGUCAUUAAUUCAUUGUCAUGCGCAUGGACAAGUGAAUUAUAAAGCGUUCGGCGCAGCGUCUAGGUAUCACACAUCCAAUAUGGCGCCCAAAUCUCGUGGUAAAAGAAAGAAAUCCGUAGAAGAACUUCUCAAAGAAGGCAGAAACUUGCUUGAUCGGCAAGAAGUAAAAUCAAAGCGAAAGAGGAAACCGGUUCGAUUUUUAUUUUCUACCGAUCCAGCCACGGGACUCAGAAAUAACAAAGGGACGUAUAAAGGUCAGAAAAAAUCUAAAGAAAAGAGGCUGAACCCCGAGUUUGACGUCUCUGGCGAAGAGACUGAAGAGACAGCAGAACACUGCAUUCCAAAUGAUGGAGAAAAUGCAGAUUUGUCAGAUGAUUUUACGGAUAUUUUAAGCCGAGCAAGAGAACUGCUGAGAAACUGGGAGGGACAGAGCAGGCACAGGCCUUCCUGGAGCGAAAGAUCCAUCACACUACAAGAAAGCUGGGAAUCUCUGCGUUCUCAGCUAUUCAAUGCUAAACUAGAGUCGUUUGCAGUAAUGCCCAGCCAAACAUGCAUGCUUUGUAUUAAUAAAAUGCCAAGUAUACAGUGCUCAGACUGUGGACCAAGAACUGCUUUGUGUUCUGAGUGUGAUAUAUCUGUACAUAAAAGCAGUCCAUUCCAUGACAGACAGGCACUGGUGAAGGGCCAUUAUGUUCCAAUAGUGCCCUGCUUAUCAUGGUGUACUACCUCAGAGACCUGGAAAAAUGAGAGUAAAAGUAUCCCUACUAAAGAUGAGGUCUAUUGCCCUGAGUGCAACCACAAAUGCUGCAUAGCUGGAUUCCUUGAAUCACAUAUAUUUGUUGUGACUAUGAAAGGGCGGUUUGAUCUGAAUAACCUGAGAUACGUUUGUACCAGUUGUGAUAAGACAUGGGGGGGUAACCACCCCAUUAUUCUUGUGCAGCUCGGCUUCUGGCCAGGGAGCAUUACCGGUGCAUGUUACGCCUUUGAUGAUAGCCUCUUUGUCUACUGGGACAUGCUGCAGAAGCAGGUGCCAGGCAUCUCAGAAAGGGCCUUUCUCAAAUCUCUUGAGGAGUUCUCCAAGUGUAGAGGGCGAGUUGGCACAGUCAAUCCACAGACAUUCCGGACAGCAUUCCGUGAAUGGAAAUAUUGCCAGUUUGAGAUAGAUAAAAUCCGCCAACUUGACUGGAUGACCUGCCCAGCCUGUGACGACCUGCCACAUUCCAUGCACGUUGAUGGUAACAUGAAGCUUUACCGGUUCGCAUCUGCAGGAAAACGUAAAGCAGACAGUUACUACGGUGAAGCCUUCAUUGCCAAUAACGUAAAGGUCGAUGCACACUUGCAAAAUGUGUACCAGUGCCCCACGAAGAAGGUAUAUACAACAAACCUUAACAUUGGGGAUGAUCAUUACAAGUGCAGUAAUGGCGUUCUUGUUUCAGUUCAUUGCUUUUCCUAUAAUCUUCGUUUGACUAAAGUACUAUACUGGCUUGACAGUGUUAAAGUGUUACUUUCAAAUUGUUCUAUUUCUGUUCUCCUGUACUCUCGAGACAUUAUGGUUGGAUCCAGGAUUUUACGGGAGUAUUCCUUUUCUUCACUCUUUCCAACUCUAAAUCGGAAAAACCGAAAACCGAAACCCGGCUCAAGGGCAAAACUCUUGCCUAUCUCAAACAGAGGAUAGUUGCUGCCCACUACGCUAUCUCCCAGGCGGCCUACAACAUGUCGAAGAUGACAGAUAGUGGCAAGCAAAGAAGUAAACUGCG